AUGGCAGCACAAUCUGAGUUUGAAAGUGUGGAAAACUCUUUGAAGGCUCAUCUCCCCGGAAGGGAAUACGACGAAGUUCGUCGAAUUCUUUAUGGGAGGGCUUAUCCGGAGCUGCCGAUUCCACCAGAAGCGAAGGAGACGGCUGCUAGACAUAAUUUCGAAAUUCAAGCCUAUGAAAUUUCGGCGCAAGAAGAACAGCUGAGAGCCCCGAGAAAGGUUCGCGUCGCCUGCGUUCAGAACUCCAUCGCGCUGCCCACAAACGCACCAAUCGAGGAGCAAAGAAAAGCGAUUCAUGCAAAAGUUGGAGGAAUGAUCGAAACGGCAGCCGUGGCCGGUGCGAACAUAGUGUGCUUGCAAGAGACAUUUAUGAUGCCAUUUGCGUUCUGCACCCGCGAAAGGCUUCCGUGGACCGAGUUCGCAGAAUCUGCGGAACAUGGUCCCUCGACAAAGUUUAUGUGUGAGCUGGCAGCUAGACAUGGCAUUGUCAUUAUCUCACCAAUUCUUGAAAGGGACGAGUCAAAAGAUGAUGUGAUUUGGAACGCCGCAGUCGUAAUCUCUCACACUGGUAAAGUUAUCGGAAAGAGCAGGAAGAAUCAUAUCCCGAGAGUGGGAGACUUCAAUGAGGCGAACUACUACAUGGAAUCAACACUUGGUCAUCCAGUCUUUCAAACAGCUUUCGGUAAGAUUGCCAUCAACAUUUGCUAUGGACGUCAUCAUCCGCAGAAUUGGAUGAUGUACGCCUUGAAUGGAGCGGAGAUUAUUUUCAAUCCUUCUGCCACUACAGGAGAUUUAAGUGAACCUUUGUGGGGCAUCGAAGCUCGUAACGCAGCUAUCGCCAACCACUGCUAUACAGUUGCCAUAAAUCGGGUGGGAACGGAAGAAUUUCCACACGAAUUCACUUCUGGAAAUGCACUCCCGGCUCAUCGCGACUUUGGUCAUUUCUACGGCAGCAGUUAUAUUGCAGCUCCUGACGGCAGUCGAACACCGUCUCUUUCGAGAACGAAAGACGGAGUGUUGCUAGCGGAGAUAGAUCUUAACCUUUGCCGACAGACCAAGGAUAGUUGGUGCUUCAGGAUGACGCAAAGGCUGGACAUGUAUGCGAAACUAUUCGAGAAAGCCGCUCGUUCCGAUUAUAAGCCAAAUGUCAUAAGAGAGAUUAAUGUGUACACGGACGUGUUGAAAUCUUCACUCCUGCUGGUGUUUCUGCAAGCUUCGCAAUUAGGACUGGAAACGAGAACCGUAGCCUAG